AUGUCUAUCUUUAGUUCGCUCAAAAACUCCUUUCUCUCAGCAACAAACGAAAAUAAUGCAUCUCUGGCGAACCUCAAGUUCGAUUUCUCACUCCUCAAGGUUGAGGCUCCCAUCGAAUUCCAGCCGCUGGGUUCUGCUCUAACUCUAAGGCGACGAGAGGAAGCUGAAUAUGGCCCUCAGCACCAGACAGCUCGACGGUUGGCUGCCCUAUUUGAGCCCCUGAUUCCUCCUACACCGAAGCUCAUCUCCGCGUACGGGAAGAGGGUAUCUGAAAUCAUCGAGACUCCCGGCGUCAACCCUGUCGGAUCUCGAUCUCAUGGUCCAUUUAGAGAGUAUAUUGGGGCAGAUGGGACAGCUGUAUGGGCGGCCGCAACAUCGGGAGUCGCUGCAUUGGGCAUCUAUCUUCUCUCUUGUCUCCUUGCCCGGGCAUGGGAAUCCAAAGAAGCGAUAUCAAUCUGGGUUGAGCUGGUCGAUCAGAGGAAAAAGGAAAUUGAGAAUGCGUUUGAGAGCAGCCACCCUGUCUCCAUAGCCAGCGCAAUGAGUUCUCUCCAGUCGAUUGCAAGGCACGACCUUGCACUGUGGGAUGCAAGCUCGCGCUCCUGGCUUCGCACUGCUGACCAGGCGAAGCAGCGGGAGCACAAACAGUUGCUCCUCAUGCGGAAGAAUAUCACUAUUCCAUUCCUGGGAGGCUCUUCCACCUAUGACAAAGUCAUAUCAACCUGGAAACGGGCGAUGCUGGCCAUUGAGGACCUAUUGUGCGGUCGCCCCCAGUCGAUAUCAGAUGCUGGCGUGCUUCUCGCCCUUUCAUCCUGGCAUCUCUACCCGGAUCUCAUCGUUCUGAGGAAUAAGACGGUGAAUGUGAAAUUUGAAGACCCCUUGUUUCCCUGUACUGGUGUCUGUACGAUCGGUCUUGAGAUACAACCCUCUGGGGAAAAUGAAGGCGUACAGUGGUCGUUGGCCCUGUCCCAUCUACAAUAUUAUGGCAACGCCGUUAACGUCACUAGCCCGGCAGAUUACUCUCGAGUCACUAUCUCUCAGCUCUGCCUUGUCGCGCUCGGAGGCCUUCUUGGUCACUGGGGAGCUAAUGCAAGAGACCUCGAAGACGCAGUUAAGCUAUUCUGUAGCAUUGGAGACAUAUUAGACGGAAAGGACAGAAAGAUUGUCUAUUCUGCCAAAUGGAUUCAGCCUUUAAUCCAAGCUUCAAGAAAAUUCGACUCAUCUACGGGGGAAGAAAGGGAUGAAAAUAUCAGACUUCUCAAGUACGGCCAAAGACGGGCAAGUCAGUUCUUACGAAGGGAUGAAGACACAAUCCCACCCUACUUUGGCCUCUGUAACGAACCUGUCCUCUCUGCACUUUCAGGGAGCGAGUGCAACAUCACAUACUUGAGAUGGCUUGCAAAGUCUAUGGGCUCUGCGAGUAGUGACUGUCUCAUAAUCCGUGUUCAUUCCGUAGGAAGCACUUCAAAGGGGGUAUCCCCUGAUUACUAUGAAUAUAUCACUGCUGUUCCCUAUCGAACAAAGGUUCACGGCAAGAGAGAUUCGGAAGGAGGAGAAGUUUUCAAAAUGACACAUGCCAGGUGGUACUUUAUAUGUUCCAAGAGUGCCACCAACAGGGCCGACAUUGAGAUGGAUAUAAAAAGGCGCAUCGCCGAGAUUGGAGACUCCAACGAGUACUGCACUAUCGUCAAGCAUGGAUGGACCGAUCAAGGUGAGCCGCGGCGUUGGCACAAUCCUCCUCUGCUCUUCCGCUCUGGGCAAGUCCGUGGGCAGCCUGCAGCAUCAGACCUGGAAUGUCCUAUGCCAAAGGAGCAAGGAGCAUGCCAAUGUUUUGAUUUGAAGCUCGUAAAUAUACCCUACGCAUUGAGGGAGUUCUCUUCUACUCAAUUUAUCCGCACAUAUGGGAAUUUGCGGCUCUCCCUAUUCGUUAGAGGAACGGAUAAUCGCAUAACCCUACCUGGAGCUUGCCUCGAAUGCGGCAAUAUAACUCCCCGCGCGGCCGUUCAGCAUCUUCUCCAGCGCCCGAUAUGUAAAGAGAGGCUGGACCGGUAUCUGGACGCGAUAUCUUCGAGGACACUUAUAAAUGACGCAAGAAUUUCCGUAUUCAUCGAAUCUCGGUUUAUUCCCGAGGAUAGUCGUCUCGCCCUUGAUGCUCUAUACUUUGCUACCGUCUUGUACAGCUACCUAGGCGGUUCAACUAUAAUGCCAGGUAUCGUAUCUAAACCGCUACACAAAGCUAGGUGGGUAACAACCAGGUGGUAUGGAGAAGAUGGCUUCUAUAGAGCCAAGGCAAAGAAGAUCUACCAGGUGGAAGACAAGAAAAUACCACUAAGCAGACAAGAAGCGUUCGCCUGCAUUGCUCACCUAGGUUCAGGCCAGGCAAACAUCGACCCGAAUGACCUGGAAAGCACGCUGGCAAUGUGUACUGAGAAUUCGAUCUUCGUAGCGGCUGCUGUACUUUCUGAUCCCGCGGCUCCGAUUAAUGAGUACAACAUCAGGCGACUGGUCGGCAACAUUGGGAGGAAAGGCAUCUCGAUGCUGAUCGCGCCUCGAAACCCACAGAUACGUCCGUUGCAGGAUGACCACCGUAUCGUCAACCACGCUCCGUACGACCUGAAGAGGGAGAACAACUUCAGUGAUACCUCUUUACACCUCUCCUUUACAAACUGGACUCUGCCUCUAGCGACGACAGGCACCCAAACCAUCGACCAAGACGUCUAUCUCGUUGAAUCAGUGAUAGCUGUCCGAGACCGCGGAGAAUGGGUAGCGGAUCUAGAUAUUCUCGGCAUCGACAAGAGUAGAUUGACGCUUGGAAGUGGGGAUGUCUGUCCUAGCCACGAUGGCCAACCUCUUGAACAUGAGUAUACAUCUAUAGACUGCUGGGAGGAGCUGCUCGACCCUCCGCUGGAUGUAGGCGUAUUUCGUGCCCGUGGAAACUGGGUCGCUCGUCUUGCAGCCGUCAGCAUAUUGAUGCAGAAGAGCAAAAGCAGUCAAAUCGCUAUCUUUGACAGGGUCCUUUGCCUAGAGUCCUUUGAGUGCCAGUUCCAGAAAAUUUUAAACAAAUCUCCAGGUCGUUUAUCUGUAUAG